GGACGGUUUGGUAGAAGACGAUGAUGGAACCACUGAAGGAAAACAUUUCUUCACAUGAAUACUUCAUCUUCAGUGGCUUCAGUGAACUUGGAGCUCUGAAAUCCUUCAUUUCUAUCCCCUUCCUGAUUCUGUUCUUUGUGUCUCUGUUUGCCAACUCCCUGCUGAUCUAUGUGGUCAUUUCACAGAGGAGCCUCCUCUCCCCGAUGUACAUCCUCAUCGCCUGCUUGUCAUUUGUUGAUAUGUGCCUGCCACUGAUUCUCAUCCCCACCCUGUUGCUGAACGUCUUGUUCAACUCGAGCGGGAUCUCUCUGAGCGGCUGCCUGGUUCAGAUGUUUUUGAUUCACAUGUUAGGCGCUUGUCAGUCGGCUCUUCUGGUCUGGAUGGAAUUGGACCGAUACUUUGCCAUCUGCAGGCCCCUUUCCUACCAUGAUCGCAUGUCUUUACCUGGAUUCCUCAGGUUUAUCAUCCCUGUUCUCAUCAGGGAUGUGAUCAUGGUGUCAGCGGUUGUGAUUCUAGCAGGUAAAGUGUUGUACUGCUUCAGGAAUGUGAUAAACCACUGUGUCUGUGAACACAUGGCCUUGGUGGAGUUGGGCUGUGGCAGCACAGCCAUUAACAGUCUGGUUGGGUUAUUAGGAGUUUUUAUGGUCACUGUAGUUGAUUUCUUGUGCAUCACUGCUUCAUAUAUAAUCAUAUUCCACUCUGUGCUGCGUUCAGGUAAAUCCAGCGCUAAAGCUCUGCACACCUGCUUCACUCACAUCAUCGUCAUGGUCAUCAGUUUGACCUUCUUACUCACGGCUUACUUGGCGUAUCGGAUGAACAGUCUCCCAAACGCUGGCCGUCUCUUCGUCAGCAUCAUGUACAUGUUCCUUCCCAGCUGUAUAAACCCGAUCAUCUACGGAGUCAGAACCACUGAGAUUCGACAAAGUAUCCUCAAAGUGCUGUUUACUUAUCAGUAGGCAAGAACUGUCAAACAUUUUUUAAAAAUAAAAAAUACAUUUUAGUAAAGAACUUUUUCAGUCAUCCUACUAAAUCUCAAAACGAGAG